UUUUAUUUCCCAUUUGGAUAAAAGUCUUCCUUCUGCAAGCAAAAGAAAGAAAUGGGGAGUGACUCAUGUACAUAUUAUUGCUGGGUAUCUCUUGCUUUGGUCACUACAAUUAUGAUUAUUUCCGUGCUGAAAAAUAUUUCAUACUACUUAAAAGAAAAGAAACUGAAAGAAUAUUUUCCAGGUAAAAUAUACGAAGAUUACCCCAAACAUAGUCCAAGCGAUGGUGAAUUUUAUACUGAAGAAUGCCCUGUUUAUGACAAUCUAAAUCACUGCCACCCAGAGAUGCUAAAUGAAAGCUGUUAUGAACAAAUGAAUGCUCAGCCUCACCCCUCUGCCAGUGAUGUACAGCAGGUAGUGGAGCACCAGAUGUGCUAUGCUUCCUUGGAUCACAGUGUCAAAAGAAAACAGAAAAGAAAUAAAAAGAAAUAUCCCACCUUAGGAAUGGAUGAAGACCACCUUCCUGGAAGCAAUCCUAUAUCCUCAGACACCUGCAUUUAUCUCAACAGUGAACAGCUGAGUGCUGAAAACACACUGACUGAUAAUACUAUUCAUGAAGAUCCCUUCGAUGUAUUUGGUUUCAUCCACACUACAAAUGAUGACAGAUUUCAGUAG